GGGAACCGAGUUGGCCCAGAUGUCGCAUCUUCGCGGCGUUCGCCUGUUCGAGAGGGAGUGGACGGGGAAAGGCAGAGGGAGGCCCCGGACUCUGCAGGGAGAAAAAGGAGAGGCCCAGCAGGAUGUCAGGGCGUUGGGAUUCAUGUCUUUAGUCUAUUGACUAUUGACAAAUACAGAAUCCAUGUUCGCUACAGAAUUAUGUUAGGUCUGGAGUUCCUGAGAUCAAAUGCCACUGUCUUUAGAAACUUCCCAACUGAAUGAAGCUGCCUUUCUUCCUGAACGCUGAGUUGAAGAAUUUUAUCAUGGGCCAGCAACUCUCAAGCCAGACUCACACAGUUAUUAAUAAGUUACCAGAAAAAGUAGUCAAACACGUAUCUCUGGUUCGAGAAAGUAGCUUCUUGACAUAUGAAGAAUUUUUGGGCAGAGUUGCUGAACUUAAUGAUGUAACUGCCAAGUUGGCUUCUGGUCAGGACAAGCAUUUGUUAUUUGAAGUGCAACCAGACUCUGACUCAUCUGCACUCUGGAAGGUAGCUGUUCGAAUAGUGUGUACUAAAAUAAACAAGACAAGUGGCAUUGUUGAAGCAUCAAGAAUCAUGAAUCUGUAUCAGUUCAUUCAGCUUUAUAAAGAUAUCACAAGUCAAGCGGCGGGUGUUCUUUCUCAGAACACUAACUCAGAAGGAGCUGCUGAGAAUCAGUCAUCUCUUUCAUCUUGUCAGGCAAGCAUUUGGAUGGGAAGAGUGAAACAAUUGACUGAUGAGGAAGAAUGCUGCAUUUGCAUGGAUGGACGUGCUGAUCUGAUCUUACCAUGUGCUCAUAGCUUUUGCCAGAAAUGCAUUGAUAAAUGGAGUGGUCGUCACAGAAAUUGCCCUAUAUGUCGUUUACAGGUGACAGCAGCAAAUGAUUCCUGGGUGGUGUCAGAUGCACCUACAGAAGAAGAUAUGGCUACCUAUAUACUCAACAUGGUAGAUGAGGCCGGCCAACCUCACAGGCCAUGACCCUCACUAUGUUCAUAAUCAUAAAAUGUCUUUAAGAUUUCACUUUCGUGUUCCUAUUUGUUUGGUCAUUGUAUUGGUUUAAAUAAGCUAAAUUUCUGUUCUUUAAAAGUGAACACAUGUGUAUGAGCCAGUUUACAUAAAUUUAUAAAUGUUAUGUUAAUUUCAAUCUGUUGCACAGAAUAUAUUAAUAAUUUACUGACAUUUAUUAUGAGACACUGUAAUAGCUGAUGUUUUAUUUUAGCAUUGUUCUUCUGUGAUGUCUUGAAUUGAAAUUGCCACCAUUACUGAAAAUGUAAAACUAAUCUGGAUAAUUACUUGAGGGGCUGUCGUCGAACCUCCCCACUAAGCUCUUCCUUAAUACUUCUAUAUGCAAGGAUGUAUGGGCUUCUGCUUGCAUAGGUAAGAAUGGCUAGAAUUCCAGUUUGAAAUGCUGCCCUCUAGUGGUAAAUUGUCACUACUUCUAGCAUUGCUUAAAUGCUGAUUUGUUGCAAUGUUUUCUCAAAGGGUGUGCUAAUGGUUAGCUUUUCACUUUUUUCAAGAAUAAUAAAUCUUCCAGGCAGCUCUUAAUAACAGUAAAAAGUCUCCUUUAAAGUUCAUGUUCAUAGUUUUAUACAUUCUGUAUUUUAUGAUCAUGGAAAACCCAAAAACUUUGUUUCCUAUUAAACAUCACAAUAUCUGGGUGAAACUUUCCUGUGAUAUUCGUUAUAUAAGUCUGGCUUCUUUUAACUGCAGCACAACUUUAAGAAGAUAGAGAUUUGAAGCAAAUAGAUGGUGCUUGAUUCGUUUCUACUUUCCUGUAAUAUGAAUAUCUAUUUCUCAAGAGUGGGCAGUUACAUGGAUAUUUAAAUCCAUGGAUUGGGCCCUCACUGAGAGAAUGGAGAUUUUUCUCCUAAAGAGAUUCCUAGGUUUGCAGGAAGAUUUAAAACAUAAAGAAAAUGAACGGGUUUUUUAAAAUCCUCCCUCAAGCAAACAAAGCUGUUAGCAUUUGUGCAGAACUGCCACUUCUCCCAGCCCCCUCUCUCUUCAGUAGCCUAAACACUUAAUGAUUGGUUCCCCACCCUGGGACAUGGACAAUAUACCACACUAAACUUUCCCUUCUCACUUAGACACAGUGUGAAAUAGACUUUUCUCUGUGAUACACCUCUGAAGAUGCCAGCAACAGAUGCAGGUGAAACGUUAGGAACAAAAUCCACCAGACCACGACCACAAAGCCCGGAAAACCCACCACAACCAGUAUGGGAGCAGCUGUUGGUAGAAAUGUGGCUGGCAGGGGAGGAGGAACUGAUGCCAACACUGUUCCUUUUUCUCACCAGCCCUUAAAUGUGGGGGAGGGAGAAGGAGAGACUCCAGGAGCUUCUGGGUUCAGCUCUGGCUGCAGGUAAAGUCUGAGAGUCAUGCUGAGCCUGGCCUCGCUAGUGGUGGGUCCCAGGAACUGCACCAGACUCAGCAGGUACAGGCUCUAAAGUGUGAGGUCCACCAGCAGACUUGGGGAGCUGGGUGGGGCCCAGAUGUGGAGGCAGAGGACUCCAUGAGGUCAGUGGGGCCCAGCCACAAGAGUGUCAGAUAUGAGAGCAUUGUGAAGCUCAGAGGCAGCUGCAGUGGUGACAGAGAGCUACAUGGGAAUCAGCGAGCAAAUGGGUAAGAGGAUGGGAUCCCCUCCAAGUGUUGUGUGGCCCCACUUAUUUUGCCUUAAUGUUUUAUGGAAAUUGUGACUUUGAAUCCCCUAAAUAUCUUUCCUAUUCAUCUAUUUUAAUUGAAUUUAUACUUUUAAAAGACUGUACAGUGUGGAAAAAAAACUGGCUGGAAAUCUUGUUUUGGGGGAGAAGAAUCUAGUAAUAAUCAUUUCUAGAGAUGGUUGCUGUAGCAUUUAUGGCUGCCUAAUAUCUUGAUGGCCUUUCUCAUUAAAGUCUGACAGAGUACAUCAAGCCUGUGCACCACUUUUGUGGUUUGCAGGACUUGUUAAAUUUAAGUGGUAUUGAUGUAAAAAACAGCAGAAAUAAUUCUCUUCUUCCCCAUAUGAUUUGGCAUGCCAGGGUGAAAAUUCAGACAGCAGAUUGUACUGACAAACAUCCUCAGAAUUUAUGGUAUCAUUCACUUGCUGCAAUUUGAAUUUAAGCUAGACAGUAACAUUGGAGAGGAAAUAAAACUUUCUUGUAUUUUCCCUUAUGAUGUGUCUUGGGGGUUAUUGGGUAGAUCACUAGGUAUUUUAAGCAAAAUAAACCAUUACUGCUUUUGCUUUUCCACUUAAAGAUGGUUUUGGAUCCAAUUAAAGGGGCUGACUACUACAUUCCUAUGUGCAAGUAAUAAAGGUAAUUAAAUUUGCAGACUGUUUUUCAUGAAAGUCUUUAUGUCAGAAAUCCCGUAGACCUGUUGGGUUGAUGCGGAGAAAUGAGAAUUUUUAAAUUAUGGCAUACAUGCAUACAUACAUGUGUAUGUGUAUAUAUGUAUGUGUGUAUAUAUACACAUAUAUGCAAGCAGUUGUAUAUUAGUAACAUGUAAGCUUGUAAAUAUUUGUAAAGAGAAUAUUAUGUAAACUUUAUAUUGUGUAUACCUUUUUAAAUCUAAUAAAUGCACCUAGUGGUGAAAUUAGUGUAAUGUGUGCCUUGUAAAGUAUGUCCAGUAGCUCAGCCUUGCAAAUUAUUUGCAAAUCACUCCAAUAUUUUACUCACUGUGUCCUGUCUCCACUCCCUGCCAUGAUAUGUUGCAGCUGCACCUCGGUUCCCUUUGAGGCUGCCAGACAGGAGGAAUACUUCCAAGCAUGUGAGACAAAAUGAAGUUUAACAUGUAGUGUAACAUGGUUUGUUGACGCAUGGGACAAUUGCAAAGUUGCUCUAACUUAACAGGAUAUGUAUGUACUACCAGUGGAAACUUGUGGUUAAAAGCACCAUUUAAUUGUGUAAAAUGGCAGUGUUACAGUACUGGAAAAAGAAAAGUGAUUAAUUAGAUCGUGAUGUUGGGUUUUAAAAGACUUCUGAAAAAAUCGUCAAUUGUUGUAUUGCUGCUGUUUACAGCAGAAAAAAUUUGCUUUUCAAAAGUCUUUAUUUUAGUACUAAUGAGAAUAUGUCAAAAUUUUAUAGACUGUUAAUAGCUACAAGCCUUCCAAAGUAUAUUGUUAUGACUGUUGUGCAAUAAACACAUGGGAUUCUA